CGCGUUGGUCUCCGCGUCUCUUCAAUUGAAAAUGAAUGAGAAGUGGCGUUUCACCGCGCGGCACCGUGUGAAAUAGUGUACACUAGGGCAGUCUGUGUCGCUUCCUGGUUCUGCUGGUCACAUAGUGACAGUCAGUGGAGUCAAGAAUAUCAGUUCACUCUCGGAAGAAAAGUCCGGGUGGGUCCAGUGAGUGUUCGAUGGCAGAGUGGAGGGAGUGGGCGGGUCCAAGAUGAGUGCUGACACGCUAUUGGAGGAGACCCUGAUCAAGCGGUCUCAGCAGAAGAGGUUGACGUCACCACUGAACUACAAGGAGAGAGUGUUCGUCCUCACCAAGACCAAGCUCACAUACUAUGAGUUCAGAGCAGAGAAGAAGUUUAAGAAGGGGUCCAUCGACCUGCAGAAAGUUAGGUGUGUGGAGAUCGUGAAGAAUGACGGAGUCAUACCCUGUCAGAACAAAUAUCCCUUCCAGGUGGUGUAUGACACAAGCACCCUCUAUGUAUUUGCUCCCAGCUAUGAGAGUAGGAGGACCUGGGUCCAAAACAUUAAGGAAGAGGUAAGGGACAACUCUGUGAUCGUUGCUAAGUUCCAUCCUCAGUUCUGGAUGGAAGGCGUGUGGCUGUGUUGUCGUCAGGCAGAGAAACUGGCCCCGGGCUGUGAGGAGUACAACCUGUUUGGAGACCUUUCGAGGAAACUUCUUCCUCCCAUACCUGGAGAGGAGGGCACAGGAAGGUCUCGUCGCCCUCCCCCUCCCCCUCCCCCCCUUCCUGUACACAGCCCUGAUGAUGGUAGUGGUGUCGAGGAAGUUGUGAUAGCUCUGUAUGACUUCAAUGGUCCUGAACCACAUGACCUGACUAUGACCAAAGGAGGAGAAUACGUCAUACUGGAGAAAUGUGACAUCAACUGGUACAAGGCCCGCAACAUAUACGGGAAGGAGGGCUACAUCCCCAGCAACUACGUGACAGAUAAAAAAUUGGGGAACCUGGAACAGUAUGCCUGGUACAGUAAACAUGUCAACCGGAAUAAAGCUGAGGAACUACUGCGGACAGAGGAUAAAGAGGGAGGGUUCAUUGUAAGAGACUCCAGUAAGCCAGGCGCCUACACCGUCUCCCUGUACACCAAGUCAGCAGGGGAGGGAGGUGCAGCUAUCAGGCAUUACCACAUCAAGGAGACCUCCGGCUGCCCCAGACAGUUCUACCUGGCUGAGAAACACCUGUUCACCUUGAUACCUGACCUCAUCGAGUACCACAACCACAACGCUGCAGGUCUGGUAGCCAGGUUGAGGUAUCCAGUAGGGAAUGACAGAUCUGCUCCAUCCACAGCAGGCUUCAGCUACGAGAAGUGGGAGAUAAACCCUUGUGAGCUGACCUUCAUGAAGGAGCUGGGUUGUGGUCAGUUUGGGGUGGUGCGGCUGGGGAAGUGGAGAGCUCAACACAAAGUAGCCAUCAAGGCUAUCAGAGAGGGAGCCAUGUACGAAGAAGACUUCAUAGAGGAAGCCAAGGUUAUGAUGCGUCUCACCCAUCCUAAGCUGGUGCAGCUAUAUGGAGUGUGUACCCACCAGAAACCCAUCUACAUUGUGACUGAGUUCAUGGGACUGGGAUGUCUGCUCAAUUACGUCAGGCAGCGUCGGGACACCUUCAGCCUGGGGUCCUUACUGAGUAUCUGUCAGGACGUCUCAGAGGGGAUGGAACACCUGGAGACACACGGCUUCAUACACAGAGACCUGGCAGCGAGGAACUGUCUGGUGAACGAUGCUCUGGUGGUGAAGGUAUCAGAUUUUGGAAUGGCCAGGUACGUAACGGAAUAUCACACUCAACUCUCACACCAUUCUGUAUCCCUGUCUCUCUCUCUCUCUCUGUCUCUCCGUGUCUCUCUCUCUGUCUCUCUCUCUCUCUCUCUCUCUGUCUCUCUCUGUCUCUCUCUCUGUCUCUCUCUCUGUCUCGACGUGUGUUUGUACAGCAGCAAGUCGGACGUCUGGUCCUUAGGUGUGUUGAUGUGGGAGGUGUUUACAGAGGGGAAGAUGCCAUUUGAACACAACCCUAACCACAAGGUAGUGAUGAUGGUGUUAGAAGGACAUCGCCUCUACAGACCCAAGAAGGCCACGCCCAACAUCUAUGACAUCAUGCUGCGCUGCUGGCACGAGAGAGCAGAAGAGAGACCAUCGUUUUCUCAGAUCUCCAUCUUGAUCUCCGAAGCUCUAGAAGUGGAUGGGUCCUCCUCUGCCUGAACCCACCAAUCAAAUCCUCUCCUCUGCCUGAAUCCACCAAUCAGAUCUUCGCCUCCGCCUGAACCCACCAAUCAAAUCGCAACCACCAGUCAGAUCUCCUCAGAUCCAGUGUUGGAGGACGUCAAACAUUCCACACCGCUCUCUGUACUGAUGGAUCUCUCGUGAUGGACGAUUAUGGUGGAGUUUGUUAGACAGGAAGUUUGCGUCCAAAUACCAUAUACUGUUUCACCACUUCUAUCCUGUCUGACAGGAAACUGGACAGCCUUCUCAAAACGUAUAUGUUUUAUCCCCCCCCCUUUUCUCCUCAGAACAGCCUCAAUUAGCUGAAUUCUGAGUGUUCUAAACAUUAAGAACACCUUCCUAAUAUGGAGUUGCACCUCCCCCUUUUGCCCCCAGAACAGCCUCAAUUCGCUGAAUUCUGAGUGUUCUAAACAUUAAGAACACCUUCCUAAUAUGGAGUUGCACCUCCCCUUUUGCCCUCAGAGCAGCCUCAAUUCGCUGAAUUCUGAGUGUUCUAAACAUUAAGAACACCUCCC